AUGCCUAAAAGAACAACUCUAACAGAUAAUCAAAAAUUUGAAUUCUGUGUCUAUGCUCAUGAUAACAAAAGAACCUGUCCAGAAUACGUAAAGUGGAUUGAAAAUAAAUGGAGGGUUAAAGUUAAUAAGUCUAUAAUCACUCGAAUCUUACAAACUAAGGACCAACGACUUUCAAAUGAAAUCAUAAAUCCAGAAGCCAAGCGACAUAGGACCGUUACUGUAUUAGAGCUUGAGCUAAUGCUCAAGGAAUUCAUAUUAAUCUAUCAACACUGCACUAUUCUAAGCAAUGCCAUAAUAAUUGAAAAAGCAAAAUUGUUAGUGGAUAAACUUGGAGUCCCUGAAGGCAAGUUACAUUUUUCUUCUGGGUGGCUCCAAAAAUUUAAAGAGCAAAAUAGAAUCUGUCAAAUAAAGCUUUAUAGAGAAGCAGGUUCUGAUGAUGAAGAUGUUAUUAUUGAAUCCCUACCUUUAUUGCAAAGUAAAUGCUCUGAAUACUCUCUUGACCACAUAUAUAACAUGGAUGAAACUGAGCUUUUUUACUGA